AUGCACAGCGGUGACUGCGAUUGGCUGCUGAUAACGCUGCUGCCGCUGCUGUUGCUGCUGGCAUUGGCCCGGUUCAGCUGGCAAGCGGAAUACCUGAACGAUGGCCAAGACAUUUGUCGCCUUUUCGCGGAUGGCACCAAAUUGCGCAAGCCGGGCUACUGUGAUCGUACAGUCAUCUGCCAGAAUUCCGUUAGUACACCAGGUGAAACAUGCACAGGUGACAAACCCUUUUUCAGUUUGGCCAAGGGCUCGUGCCAAAAGACGCUAGAGUCCACGGACACGUAUUGCAAAUCGCCGUGCACGUCCAAGACCACGGGCUAUGUGGGCGACGACUACAACUGUGCGAAUUGGCAUUACUGCGAGAAGACGAAUGAGAUUGGCAAGGGUGUCUGUGACUAUGGCAUGUGGUUCGAUCAGACGACCAAGAUGUGCGCCUAUCCCAAGGACGUAGCAUGCAAUGUCACCUUCGAGCUUUGCCAAGUGAUGCCGGUGGGCGCGGAGACGAGGGAUCCGUUGCAUUGCAAUAUGUAUUUCACAUGCAAGGCGGGCAAGAAUACGACAAUAGCCUGCCAGCCUGGAUUCUACUAUGAUGUGGCUAGAAAGGGUUGCCUGGAGAAGUCUUGGGUUGCGUGUGAGAAGCAUCCGUAUCCGGAUGAAGUGUGCGGCACCAAGAAGUUGGCGAAGCGCAACAAAUUCGUUGCCGAUGGCGCCACAUGUCGGGGAUAUUAUUACUGUCGGGACUUGGGCUCGGGUGUGCCGGAUCCGGAUCCAGUCUGGCAUCAAUGUCCCGUGGAGACGUUCUUCAAUGAGAAGCUGCAAGUGUGUCAGGAUCGCGCCUCACGCCGAUGCGAAGAGGAUCGUUGCGAUGGCCGUGAGUCGGGCUUUGAGCUGGCCGAGGAUCUGGGCUGCCAGCACUACCUUGAGUGCAAAAAUGGUGCAAUGGUUGCCAAGAAAAAAUGCGAUGAUGAUAUGUAUUUCGAUGUAGCUACAAAACAGUGUACCACAGAGAAAAGGAGCUAUGGCAUCUGCAGUGAAUCACCAGAUCCAUAUGAUCCCGAAAACUGGACUAAAUAAAUUACUCAGAGCAUUCGCUAGCAAUUUA